UUUUCAGAGCCGUAGGUUUUCUUUGAAUUUCACUUAUUUCAGUAUGAUUAUAAGGUGACGUUUUCUAUUCGGACAUUAUAUGGCUCUAAACUCACUAAAAUGAGAAAGUCCUGGUUGGUAUUUAUAUAAAUCAGGCUCACUGUUCUUUGGAGACGUCCCUGACAGAUUACAAAAGUUCAGGAAUGGCUUGUGUGCCAGACUAUGCCUGAGAGGACCGUUUUCUGACGUCCCAGCUGUAAUUCGGUUCCUCGUUUUGCACAGCACUAUUCCAUCUUUGUGAUCGCCAUGUUACCUUCGAAGAGUGGCCUGUCGUUCCAUGCCAUGAUCCAUAUGGAUGUCUGUCACAGCCCCGAGAAAGAUACCGAGAAUGGUGCAAUUCGAAAAACCCUGAAUUUUGAUUCAUCGGAGAGCUCAUCGGACGAACGAAUGGAUACUGAUAUGGAAAUCGUAUCAGUCACCACAAAAAGACCGUGUACAAACAAAAAGAAGCGAUUUGUCCAGUCUACCCUCCGUUUCUCCAGUUCGCCAUCCGUUUCGCCAAGGACACCGAAAAAGCCAUUGGCCACUAUGUGCACCAAUACUCCCCGACUGUCUACUCGGCCAGAGAAGAAACGCGAAGUCUCCAAAGUAUCACCAACAUGGACCGGGUCGAAGGAUACGAACUGCACCAAGCGUGUGACAGAAAGUGUGCUUGUACGGAAAAGGAAAAUUGCUUCGGAUUGUCAGAAAAUGAGCACAAAUCAAAAUUGCUUGCCGACUGUGCGGGGACGUCAUGGGGACAUCCGAUAUAUCACAUGCGAAACUUUGAGCCAACUGAUGCACAAGCCGCUAAUGCAUGGAUUCGCUAGGUUGUCCAUUGUUGAUUGCCGAUAUCCAUAUGAAUUUCAAGCCGGACACAUCCGUGGCGCCGUCAAUAUUCACUCAUCGGAACAGUUGUUAACCGCAUUUUUCAGCAGUACAGUGGAAGCAAAGGAAGAGCGAAACGUCAUCAUAUUCCAUUGUGAAUUUUCUUCCAAGCGGGGCCCCGACUUGGCGAGACUUUUACGAGAGGAGGACCGAAAACGCAAUGCCCACCGAUAUCCCGUUAUUACCUUUCCGGAUGUGUACGUGCUGGAAGGCGGCUAUAAAGCAUUUUUCGAGUCUUUUCAAAGCUCCUGCGAUCCUCCGUUUUAUAAAACUAUGGACGCUGAUGGACAUGAAGAAGAGCUGUUUGCUUAUCGAAAAACGAGCAAGCCUAAGCCCGCACAGCACAAAAGGAUGCGUUCUUCCUUAAAUGACCAUUUCUGAGGCUUACGCCGUUUCUGAGGUUUCUCGGGGCUUUUGGCCCCUUACGUUGUAUUCAUAAAUUUUGACGUUUUGCUUAUUUAUAUUUAUUGAUCUGAUGUUUCGAUUCCAUCCUUAAAUUGUUGAAUAAGUGUACAAUACCGUUUCUACGCUUAUACUGCGUUGAGUUUUGUAGUUCUGAAUAUUUUCAAUUAAUUUUAUACUCAGCGAAUAGGGAUAUCGGUAUGUGAUCAUUGUUUGUGGGUAUUUUUGUGCUCAAAAUUGGUUUUGUACAUUGCAUGGCUUGUUUGGAUUUACUGCGGCUUUGAACUUGUUAGUAUGUUUUUUAGCUCCCUCAGUAAACGCUGUUUUUUGUAACAGUGGUUCUAAGGUAUCUCUACUUGU